UGAAAUAUAGACACUUCCACCCAUUUGCACCGCCAUUUCGACCGGCCGGGGCAGUAGUGUACUACGUAUACUGUAUACAGUUCCCGAUCGACGCGUGCAUGGCGGCGAGCCUUCUGUCCCACGUCGUGUCCGAUCUCUGCAUCGGCAAGCCGCCGGCGCGCGUGCUGCCGCCGUCCACUCCCGUCGCGGCCGCCCUCGCCGCGCUCCGCACCGGAGAUGACCCCUUCGUCUUCGUCGUCGACGCUGAUGAGGCGCUCCGCCACUCCCGCGGGAAGAAGAUCGCCGCGGGGUGCGUCGUCGUCAAGGUUAGCGUCGCGGACGUGCUCUGCUACGUGUGCGGCGACGCGGACAACCUCAGCGACCCCGCGGCCGCGCUCGGCCGGCCCGUGUCCGCGCUCGCGGCGGCCGUGCACGCUGGUGGUGGCGAUCAUCACGGCGCCGCCCUCCGCGUCGACUCGCUCACAAGCCUGCUCGACGCCAUUGACGCGCUGCUGAGCAACGACGCUCAGACCCUGCUCGUCCCGCUCCACGCGCACGCCGCCCGCAGCAGGAAGCACCACCACGUACACGUCUCCGGCUGCUCCCCGGCCAACCCCGCCGCCGCCACUGACUACUGCGUGCUGACGCGGGAAGACAUCGUCCGCCACCUCUUCAGCUACUCCAUCUCCCUGUUCGCCCCCGUCGCGGCGCGCACCGUCGCCUCCCUCGGCCUCGUCCGCCGGGACGUGCACGCCGUGCACGCAGACGACGACGCGCUCGACGCCAUCCCGCUCCUGCGGAGAUCCAUCGCGGACGGCACCGCCGUGGCCGUCGUCGCCGAUGACGACGCCCUGGUCGGCGAGAUCUGCCCCGGAGUUCUCGGCUCGUGCGACAUCGAGUCGGCGUCCGCGGCCUUCGCCGCGCUCUCCGCCGGCGACGUCAUGACGUACAUAGACUGCUCGUUGUCUCCGCCGGAGUUCUUGCUUCGCUCCAUCAGGGCGCAGCUCAAGGGCAGGGGCAUGGACGCCAUGGCCGACCUCAUGGACGCCGCGGACGACGCUGCCUCGUCUCUGCCGUUAUCCCCAUCGUCUUCCUCGUCGGCAUCGUCCGACGAGGACUCACCUUUUGGGCGUGCGCGGCGCGCAAGGAGGUCGUCGUCGGGAAGCUUCAGGUGGAGGUCGACGAAGGACGUCGCCGCAUGCCAUGCUGGGAGCUCGCUGGUGGCAGUCAUGGCGCAGGCUCUUGCGCACCGAGUCGGGUACGUCUGGGUCGUCGACGAGGUCAGCGGCGCGCUAACCGGAGUCGUGAGCUUCGGAGAUGUACUUGCGGUGCUCCGGGAGCAUCUCCGUGAUGGUGAUACGCAGAUGAACUGACGAAUUAGCAGUUCAUUUGCAGUUUUGCACAUGUGCAAGUGUAAAUUACACGAGACAUGAGAUAAAUUUGGCCCAUGAGCCACGGACUUCCUUUUCUCGAGUCCAGCCCGUAAAA